AUGAAGAAGAUGGCUGCUCGUGACUUUGAUGACAUUCUUCAGUGUGCCAUCCCGGUAUUUGACGGCCUCCUGCCAGAGCCACACAACAGAAACGUCUUAACUCUGCUUAGUACGUGCGCAAGCUGGCAUGCCCUGGCAAAACUGCGCAUGCAUACCGAUGAGACGCUUAAACUCCUUGACGUUGCAACCGCUACCCUGGGAAAGCAGUUUCGCCAUUUCCAGAAAAUUACCUGCUCGGCUUUCAAGACUCACGAACUAAAGCGGGAAGCAGAGCGUCGCCAGCGCCAGAAGUUAAGGAACCUAGUUGGCAGCGGAGAGGCAGUGGCGGUCAAGUCAACGCCUCAGACAGUUCAGCGACCAAAGACAUUUAAUCUACAAACCUACAAGCUCCACGCCCUGGGUGAUUGUUCCACUGCUAUAUGUACGUGGCUCAAAAAAACCGUCCGUAUGUUUUGGCAUUUUUCACUAUCUAUAAUAUUGUGUGAGAACAAACAAAUGCCUCAAAAACAUGCUUAUACCACAUUGUAG